CCUACUAUAUUUUAUUUUACAGUCGAAUCAGGGUAUUGCCCAUGAUCGACGAUGACGUAUGUUAAGAUAAGUUUCAUAAUUUUGUGGCUUGUGACGUUCAUCAUACGCUGUACAACGAAUAUGUACGAUGGAGAACGACGGAAGAACUUUCAGACACGGCGAGGUCAUAGUUGAGCUGCGAAACGACGACUUGCUGUAUAAAUGUCUAUGUACUGUAAACCCCCCGCUAUUCACUGGCAUCAAUUGCAACGCUUCAGCUGAGGAUGCCCACGUUUACGUUGCUGAUAACAAUAAGUUGGUGAAAAUAGCGAUCGGAGAUGUCUACGGGUUCAAAAAGAAUUUUAUAAGGGACCUCCCGGGCCAGGCGGUGGCGCUGGAUAUGAACAUCAACAAAAAUUUAAUUUACUGGUCUGACGUCAGUCAUACUGGACGGGGGAUUUACCGGGCCGGGCUUUCCGAUGGCAGUCGUAUAACUAGAAUAAUAUCUGAAGACAUUUAUGAGCCCAAUGGAAUUGCCGUUGAUUGGUUGGCCAACAAUAUUUAUUGGACCGAUGCUCAACUUGGCGCCAUUUUUGUUGCCAAGGACAAUGGGAGAGACAGAGUUCGUCUGAUUGGUGGAUUAGCUGAACCACGUGGGCUCGUCGUUUUGCCGCGCAAUGGCCUCAUGUUUUGGACGGACCAGUCAUCUGGAACAAUUGAGCGAUCACGAAUGGAUGGAUCGGAUCAUCAAGUCUUAGUAACCAAUCUACAAUGGCCCAAUGAACUUACAGUAGAUUAUAAUAGCAGGAGAGUUUUUUGGAUCGACGGGAAAACUCAAAAGAUUGAAAGUUCGGAUUUAGAUGGAAAUAACUUUAAUGUGAUCUACAGCUUUGGGAUUGAUUAUGGAAAUUCACCUGGAUAUGGAUUAACUUACUUCAAUAACAGACUUUACUUUAGUAUUUGGGGACAAACAUCAUUGUUUUCCAUCAAUUCAAAUGGUGGUGGAGACAAACGAAGGGUUGUGACAUCACUAAGCACUCGUGCAAUGGGAGUUGGUGUUGUGAAUGAACAGUUACAACGUAACACCAGAUAUACAAACCCAUGUUGGACAAACCUUAAAGGAGGUUGCAGCCAUCUUUGUUUACCGACCUCAUACAGCACAUACACAUGUGCAUGCCCAUCAAACACAGGGUUGGUGCUUGCUAGAGAUGCAACUAAUUGUGUUGUUCCCAACAACUUCAUCCUCUCUACCUCCCUUGAUGAGGGGACCAUUAUGUUGACCUCACUUGACCCCGGGUCACCCAGGACCCCCGUCGUACUCGCUCAAGCGCAUCAACCAUCAGCGGUUGAUUAUGACCCAAUAGAUCAGAUGGUAUACUGGAGUGAUGUUGGAAUGAACGGGAUUUAUAGAAAACCUCUUAAUGUUUCAGCCCCGGAACUUUUUUUACAGGAUGGCAUUGGAACGGUGGAUGGUAUAGCAGUGGAUUGGGAGAACCGCCAUCUUUAUUUCACCAACGUUGGUUGGAGUAACAUGGGGUUUCCAUACCAAGGAAGCACAACACGGGGAACUCCUUAUCAUAGGAUCGAGAUGGUUGGUUUGAGGGGAGGAAAUAAAAGAAAAAUACUGACAUCAAGUGGUUUAGAUCGGCCAAGGGAUAUCGUGAUUGACACCAGCGCUGGGAUGCUGAUAGUAUCAGAUUGGGGAAACUCCCCCAAAGUAGUUCAGUUUGACUUGGAUGGGCAGAACCCUCAGGAGUUGACAGUAAAUGUCGAGAAUCCUAACGGGCUUGCGCUUCAUAACGGAACUCUUUACAUAACUGACUCUCACUACACGAGUGGACAUGUUCGUGCAAACGGAACCAUUGUUUAUCAUAGACAACCAACAAUCAUGCGUUAUGACACAAUAAGGAAAACCUCAACCGAACUUACUGACAUAACAAUGGAGGUUCCUUUUGGUCUCACCUACCACCAGGGGUCUCUCUUCUUCGCAGAUUGGGGGCUUGGGGGAAUUUAUGAAGUGAACAUGGGGUUAAGUGGGUCGGGGGAAAGGGGAGCUCCCUUUGUUGUUGGGGUGAAAAAACCCACAGGGGUGAAGUUUGCAACAAACAUUGUUCAACGAAGCAGAAUGACACAGAAUGUUUGUUCCCCCCAACGCACACAAUGUAGUGAUGUAUGUGUUCCUGUGGAUGGUGGUUAUAGUUCAUGUUUAUGCCCCGAUGUUCAUGCUUCAGUGCUUUCAGAGAACUUAUGGAACUGUGUGGAACCGGAUCAAUUCCUCCUCAUCGCUGAUGGAAGUCGGAUCAUCCUGAAGAGCAUCCAACCUCCUGAUCAUUAUCAUUACCCCGUCAUACGAACUUUUGAUGAACUUUCUAACAUCGUGGCCGUGACCUUUGACCCCGUGUCAAAGUUUGUGUAUUGGGCAGAUAACGGUCGACAACGAAUUUCAAGGAAAAGUAUUUCCGGUGUGAAUGCUGCCUCAAGUAUUAUAGAAGUGGUACAUUCAAAUAUAGGGCAAGUGGAAGGAAUGGCAAUAGAUCCCGACAAUCGCUUGUUGUAUUGGACCGACAGAAUGUUGGGCAGCAUAGAAAUGUUAUACUUGGAUGGUAUGAUCCACACUGUGGUGUUGUUGGGGCUCGAGAAUCCGAGGUCCAUUGUAUUGAACCCAGGCAUGGGCAUAAUGUACUGGACAGAGGGUGGGAAUCAACCACAAGUUUUAUCGUCACGCAUGAAUGGACAGGAUAGUAGAGUGAUGUUGAGCGAGGGGUUAACGUGGCCCAACGGUCUUUCCUUCGAUCCAACAUCUGGGGUGGUUUAUGUUGCGGAUGGUGGAAGGCUGAUAGUGAGGUCGGUUCCUGAUGAAGGACAAAUAGUGAUGAAAAGGUUUAAUUUAAAUGGAACCGCUGGUCAUGUAUUUGGACUUGGAAAACUUGAAGACUCAUUGUAUUUCACGGAUUGGAAAAACCACACAUUAAUGUCACUUGAUGAUCGUAGAACUAAUGUUGUUAUCACUGACUUAAUACGACCGACCCAUAUCCAUGUGCAACCAACUUAUUCUAUCAGAGGUUCCACUGGAAGAUGUUCCUCCCGUCUCCCACGUUGCAGUCACAUCUGCAUCCCGGAUCAAUCCUCGUCAGUUUGUUUGUGUCCCGUUGGAAAAGUCCUCGCUCCAGAUAUGCACUCAUGCGUGACUGAGGAGGAAUUAUUCCUCAUGACCAGCACAACUGCACCAGCAACAACAACAACAACAAUAAUCAACGAAACAACAACAACAACACCACCAUGGGCAGAUUUAAUAACAGCACCAGCUGCUACUGUUCCCACCACCACGGAACCCCUCAUUCCAAUCAUCAACUUCCACCAGGAUACCACGGUUGCCAUGGUGAAUGAGACGACCACCGUUGCCAUGACAACCAUUGUUACAACACAAGCACAAACAACAAUGCCGCCACCCCCGAGGUUUCUAAACUGCAACGAAAGCGCAACUUACCCGUUCCCCCUGCCAGAGGGUGCUUCUUACAUCACAAUCUUACCUUCUAUGAUAUCACUGGAGGCGAGGGACGGGAUUGGUCGAAGACUCAACAUAACGAUGGUGGAUUUGACCAAUCGGGUCGUAAGUUCAAUUCGGUUUAUGACAUCACAAUAUAUGGUUGUGUUGCGAGCAGAAGACAAAUAUAACCGAACAGUUGAAUGUGAGGUCAACAUUAGAGUAACAGACACGACCAAACCCACCAUAACCACCCCAUGUCCCGAUGACAUCAUGGUUGAAAUAUAUCCUGGCCAAUCACGGACCUUCGUUCCUUGGACACGCCCCCAAUUUGUUGACAACUCCGGAAACGCCCCUUUUAUAUCAUCCAAUAGGGAGCCAGGAUAUUUUGGAAAAGGCAUUCACAACGUAACGUACACUGCUAUCGAUGGAUCCGAUAAUUCUGAAUCUUGUUCGUUUUCUGUUGUUGUCAACGAAAUAAACCCCACAUGCGGCUCCCCAUUUAUACCUCGUCAUAGUCAGCUCACUUGCGCCACCAAUAUUGCUGGUAUUCAAACUUGUCAGAUUUCAUGCAUGAAUGGCUAUAGAUUGACCUUAAGUGACCCCAAGAUAAUAUGUCAUUACAACCAACACACAAGGCUACAGGAAUGGCUGCCUUACCUCGAUCAUAACGUUUGUAAACGUCCGGAUGUUGGGAACAUCAGGCAAGAUGUUGGGGUUCAAUAUCCAUCCCCGUGCCGAGCUUCAGCUGAGUUUUACGACUCACGGUCGAACGAACUCGCAUCUUCACUCAUGCGUUACAGAGGGUGUAGGAAUUCUUCAUUGAAACUGGGAUUAUGUGAAGCAGCGCGAGAUAAACUUUACAUCCAGUGCAUCCAGGAGGAAAAGUUGAAUGUCACGGUUACUGUUGACCUUGCCAAUGCUAGAUUAGCAGGUUCAACAAGUGAGGCACGUCGUGUGAUAAGGUCGGCAUCAACCGAUAUAAUUGACAUGAUAAGCCGAGGUGAUGUCACAACUACCGGGUAUGAUGAGAGGGUUUACGCAGCUAGGAUGGAAUCGGUUACUUUGACGAAUGAAAAGAUAAUCUGUGAUGAAGGAUAUAUAGAAGUGGAGGAUGGUUGUGUGCAAUGUCCAGCAGGGACGUAUUGGAAGUUGAACAAAUGUGAAUUUUGUCCGAUUCAUUUUUAUCAAAAUCUCGCUGGUAAAUCCUCAUGUAUCGAAUGUUCACCAAUCAAAGGAACUUAUUUUUAUGGAACCACAAGUGUACAAUAUUGUGUGGUUAUGGAUAGAAAUAGUAGUCCUAGGACUUCCCCUCUCCCGAUAACAACCAUCAUAGGAGGGGCUGUGGGAGGAUUCCUCCUUCUUCUUGCCAUCAUGAUCGUUGUUUGUUUCUGGAGGAGGAGGAAAGCAAAUAAUAAGAUAAAAAGGGAGCAGGAGGUCAGGAGGAGACAAGCGGAGGAAGCUAAAGCAAAGAAACAAAUUGAAAGGAGAAAGAGAAAUGGAUCGACCAAUCAAAGCAGGAGGUCUAGGAGGAGAGGAUCAGGAGGAGAAAUGAAGGAGCGAAUCAGAUCGCUCGAUUCUGAUAGGAGUGGAAACCAACAAUCCAGAAAAUCAUCUGAAAGGGGAAGCAGUAGGGGAGUCCCCACAGCCACCGUUCCUGCAGUACCUCGUGGGAAAUCCCCUGGUGAUGGGGAAUCCCUAUCGAGGUCUGAAAUUGGAAGUGUGUCGAGUAAAGUUGACGCGUCCACUGUUGCGGAAAGUUCCGUGUUCACUGAUGCAGAGACGACAGUUUCCACGGAGAUGCCGCUCAAGAGCGCCCUCAAGAAGACCUCACGUGCGCCUCCGGUGGCUGAAAGUUACCUCGAAGAUGAUACUUCGACCGUUAUGACAUCAUCAACGUUACAACCAUCUGAGAUUAAACAGUUGAAACAAAGACGAUUGUCUCUCGAUGAUGUAUUGGAAGGUUCUCACGUUAGGGGAAACCCCAACAGACGAUCAAUGAGCAUGAAACGACCGACGAUAACACCGAGAUCGAUCGGUAUGCCAGCUCGCGUACCCAACGUACGUAGAUCGAACAGUUUGGAUCGAACCCCCAACCCCCGCAUGCCCCGACUUAACCCCAAUCAACGAAUGAUGAUGCCUCGAAGUAUGGGACCCAUGGUUCAGUAUCCCCAGCAAGGGGGAAUACCCCACCGACCCCCAGGCCCAAUGUACGGGGGUUUCGGACCCCGUCGAAUGCCCCCACCUGGAGUAAGGUACCCACCCCAUGUACCCCAUCGAUUUUCAACACUAAGACCAGGCAAACCAAGGUACCCUGGAUAUUGGAACGAUGGAUUUGCUUCCGAUUCCGACUGGGAUUCUGUAUCUAUGAGGAGUGAAAGCGACCGAAUGCAACAGCCACGAAUGAUGCCACCAAGUGGUAUGCGACCAAGGUUCCGCAUGGAUGGCAUGAGGAGCCAAAUGCCCAAUAUGGGGGUUCCCCGUGUAUACCCAGCUGCCCCACCCCCCUACUACACCCUGCAGCGUUAGAAUAUAGAUAUCAUAUAUUUAUGAAUAGAAAUAGUAUUGAACAGAUAAAUAAACAUCCGAAUCA